AUGCGUACCUUAGUAGUGCUUCUUGGUCUUAUUUUGGCGGUAGCAGCAUUUUCAUUCGCUUCUACGCUAAUUAAACCGAGAUUCUCUUCUCUUGCAGCCUCCCAACAGAGGCACCAACGUAUAGUUGGUGGCUCUGUGACCACCAUCGGCCGCUACCCCUAUACCGUGGCCAUGUUGUACUCCCGCACCGGCAGCAUCUUCAGCCAGUCCUGCGCUGGUACCAUCAUUAACAACCGAUCAGUACUGUCUGCUGCACAUUGCUUCAUCUACGACCGCCCCAACCAAUGGCGUAUGCGCGUCGGUUCCUCAUACGCCAGCAGUGGUGGAGUGGUGCACAACACCAACUCGCUGAUCCUCCACCCCUGGUACAAUGACAACACCCUCGACAAUGACGUAGCCAUUGUCCGUUCGAACACUGCUUUCACUUUUAACGCCAAUGUCGCCCGCGGUAGCAUUGCCAGCGCAAACUACUGGCUCGCUGACAACCAAGUUGUGUGGGCUGUUGGAUGGGGUUUGACUACCUGGAACGGCAGGCCCUCUGAGCAGCUUCGCGAAGUCCAAGUCUGGACUAUCAACCUGGCCACCUGCAGGAACCGCUACCGUGAGCUCAACUUAUCUGUCACCGACAACAUGUUAUGCUCUGGCGUCCUCGACGUCGGAGGCCGCGACCAGUGCGGUGGGGACUCUGGUGGCCCCCUCCUCCACAACAACGUGGUGGUCGGAAUCUGCUCUUGGGGACAUGAGCAAUGCGCUCACCCGCGUUACCCUGGUGUCAACGCUCUGGUGUCUCGCUACACAAGCUGGAUCCAGUCCAACGCUUAAGUGAUUGUAUAUUGUUUUGUUUUAAU